AUGAAGCAGCAGCAGUGGUGCGGGCUGACGGCCAAAAUGGGCACCGUGCUGUCGGGGGUCUUCACCAUCCUGGCCACCAACAUGUACCUCAUCUUCGAGCGGAAGCACCUGGGGCACAGCAACUGCUCCGAGAUCAGCCUUCAGGAGGAGGGCCCCAACCCCGCGAGGCAGUUCCUCAUCUGCUGGAGCUACACGACCGUGCUGUGCCUGUCCGCGGUCACCAUCGUCCUCAGCUGCCUCCUGCUGUACGCCGUGUACGCGCAGAUCUACAGCGGGCUGCUGGUCUACGGGGUCUGGAUCCUCUUCUACGAGGCCGUCAACCUGGUGGUCCAGGUCUUCACCAACAAGUUCAGCUCCGCCGAGGUGCGCGCCAUGCGCUGGCUGGGCUUCGUGCUGCGGACCCUCCUGCACUGCUACGGGCUGUUCUUCGUCAUCAUCUACGCCCACAUCAUCUACAAGAGCCAGAACCAGGGGAACAUCGUCUUCUACAACAGGCGCGUUUCCAUGGGCGGCGGAGAGACUCCUCGGCAGAAGUCAAAGAUCCUGAGCUUUGUCCACCACUAUAAAGAAUGA